GCGGGAGAAGAUUGAGGGCGGAUGCUUCACAGUGCUGAAUUGGGAAGGGUUCAGGAGGCUUGAGCCUCGACACGCCUCUCUUGCCACCCACUGAUAAUCGGCCUCUUCUGCAACUUCAGAGCUGAAAGUGAAGGGAGGAGGAGUUAGCCGCGGUGUGAACAUCUUCAGGCCGUCAGGGCUCCGGGAACUCUCCAUUGUGCUGAACCGCACAACCAGCCGCGGUUGAAAGCGUUAGGAACCGCGGCGAAGGAGCUGUCCUUGGUGUCGUACCGCCCUCCCAGCCGGCAUCGAGAUCUUCACGCUUGCCCUCCAGACUUGCUUUUGAAGAUAAAGACGCGAUGGAACCACGGCUAGAGUUUCAGAGUGUCCCUGAUGGGGAGCUCUAUUGCCCAGACAGUGCUUACGGGUCUUCUGCGAUGGACACAGACACGGAAGAGAGCCACACGCCGUCCUCCAACAAUGUAGUUCACUACAACGAGGAGCUGAUGCAUAAGACUAUACUAGUGGGGGACAGUGGAGUGGGGAAGACUUCAUUGCUCGUACAGUUUGACCAAGGGAAGUUCAUCCCAGGAUCAUUCUCAGCUACUGUGGGAAUUGGAUUCACAAAUAAGGUGGUGGUUGUGGAUGGGGUCAAGGUCAAAUUGCAGAUCUGGGAUACGGCGGGGCAGGAACGGUUCCGGAGUGUCACUCACGCAUACUACCGGGAUGCACAAGCUCUCCUGCUCCUGUAUGAUAUUACAAGCAAAUCAUCAUUUGACAACAUCAGGGCCUGGUUAACAGAAGUACAUGAAUAUGCCCAGCAGGAUGUGGUCAUCAUGUUGCUAGGUAACAAGGCUGACAUAACCAGUGAGAGAGCCAUCAAGAGAGAAGAAGGAGAGAGACUGGCCAGGGAGUAUGGUGUUCCUUUCAUAGAGACCAGUGCCAAAACGGGCAUCAAUGUUGAACUAGCAUUCCUUGCUGUAGCAAAGGAACUGAAACACAGAUCUGCCAAUCAACCCAAUGAACCCAAAUUCCACAUCCACGAGUACAUUGAAUCUCAAAAGGAAAGGUCCAGAUGUUGUGGGUUUGAAUAAGCGGCUGAUCUCAUUGGAGGACUCAGGGUGUGGCACAGUAACCGGCUUCACUGAUUGGCUGUGAAGCAUGCACCAAUUGUAUACCUACAUUCACUCUCAGCUUGGUGUUGAGCUUAAAUACCCUCAAACAUUCAAUAUUACCUCCAUAUUCACUCAAUGUCAUUCUCAUAUCCGUACACAUUUUGUAUUCCUUUCAUACCUAUCUCAACCCUUACCCAUCCAGUCCAUGUCCACCUCUAAAACUCCUUCAGCUAGAACAACAAAGACACAUCCCUUAAAUUCUAACCCCUUUAUCUUCCCAAUGUAUUACCCUUUUACCCUGAACUCUGGAAUCCUCUCAAUGACAAAGCACAUCUGCCCAGGGAGCCAAUGGGAAUCGGAGAAAGGCUGGGAAUUUUCAGGCCUGAAACAACCAACCACUCCACAUUCUCCUGUUGUGGCCACAUUCUCACUCACACCCCAAAAACCCCAGCCUUUUGAUGGAUUCAGUUAAUGAAUUCCCAUCAAAGUUACUGAAACCACAGGAUCCUUCAGCCUGUUGUCAGCAGCAACUCCUCUCCCCUGAUCUGGGUUGGAGGAUUUACCAUUAAAAUGGUAGACAGGUAGGAUAGAUUGGUCCAGGACAGACUGGUCCAGCUCACCAGAGUAAGACAAAAGGUUAAUUAUCAAGCCAGAAUGCAUCAAACAUUCUGCUGAGUACAAAACACUGGAAACUACCUGACAGGCAAGAUCACUAAAGGGUAGAUUUGAGUCAGGGUAGCUAAGCAACUACUUCAUCACCGAAAGGGAAACAGAAUUCCAGAACACUCUCUCACAAAGAUGGGAAUGUGUUGAAAAUUUCAAAACUAAAAUUUAUUUUUUCUCUUGGUACAUUACAUUGAGAGUUAUGGAAACAGAAUGGGUUUGACAGAUAUAAAGUGCAUGUCUAAUUGAAAGGUGGAACAGACUUGAAGGGCUGAAUGGCCUCGGCCCUAUCUAACCAGUCAGUACAGGUCCAAUCUUCUCUGUGGUCUGUUUCAGGUAUGCACAUAACCUGAGACAAUCCCCUCAAUACACCCAAGCUGAUGCAGUCAGCUGGCGAUUCAAAGCUAAGCUGCCCUUGCCUCUCCCUCCACCUCACAAAUAGACCAGUGUCGGCUAUGAGCCCAAUGCUGUUGUUCACCAUGUUUACCCUCCCCAAUUACAAAACCCACCUCUGUUCCUUCAGCAACACUGUUUAUUAUCUCUGCACAGCAUUCAACACCCAGCUUCCCAGGGACAAAUUCUCCAAACACUACCUUGCUCCAAUCUCUCCUUCAUGCUGCAAUGUGUAUUUCUGCUUUUAAAUAAAUAUUACCCCCAUCCCACCCCCAUCCCCUUGGUCACCAGUUGCUCCGUUCGGCUGUAAACAUCUACAGAUAUUUAUAAAAAUGCCUUUUUAACCAUAAGAUGAAAUAAUUGUACAUAAAAUGCUCUUUGCUUUGUACUGGCUAAUGAGAUCACUGUUCUGAUGUUUAACUGGAAUGCAUUUGUUUUACAAGUAAGUUUCUUCAGUCGUGUAGUUUUUGGAACAAUGGUGCCUACAACAGGAAGUGAAAUAACAGUAUUUCCUGGAAAGUGACCUUUGACUUCUUGCUGACAGUGGAGGUGCCUUUCGAUAUAAACUGCUAAAGCAAUCCUGGCAUCUCUUACUAGAGUGCCCCAGAUGCCUUGCACCCCGCCUUUAAUCCUCCUGUUGUUUGGUCUAUUGUAUUAGACUCGCUUCAUGCCCCCUUUUUCCGGACAGCGUCACAGUUGGAGACUUGGGCUCACAUGGAUUUGAGAAGAUGGUGCUGGAUCUUAUCACAACCCUGCAUAACCUGACUCUCCAUAGAAUAGUGUACGUAAUGAGACUGCACCGAUUCAAAUGAUCAGCACCAGCCCAGGGGGUGGAGGUGGGUUCCUAGUCAGUCUCAGUUAGUAAGUAGCAUGCUUGGGUUUCAGAAAAGCAAAUGCUGGAAAGAAAGGUUUGGAGAAGAUAGGGAGUUCCAUGCCUGAGCUCUUCUGUUACUGGGGCAUUGUCUAUGCAUGGGUUAUUCCUCACAGUCCCGUGGACGGAUGAAUGAAGGCAAGCAGCCAAUCAUGGGCAUGCUUUUCAUUCUGGCCACACUGGAGGGCCGAAAGGAGAACAGUUCCCAUCGAUCUGGGUGUGAGAUGGCCUACCCCGUCCCAUUCCUCUAUCCAACCCGACCUUGCACCCUUCCUUCCCCACCACCUCUCCUGUACCUAAUGUGAGCAGAAUGGUCAGUUAAUUGCCCCCAGUGAGCAGUGGUGCAAUCUGCAGGAAGAAUUGAAAAUGAGAUCAGGGCGGGCUUGUUGGAAAUGGGUAGAUGGUGGAGCAGAAGUGGCCAUUUUCCCAGGGUGCAGCUCGAUGAGGGAGUUACGCUGCAGAAUUCCAGGAACAUUUCUGGUUGCCUUGCAUGAUGAACCUAACUUAGUUUACCAUCCAGGCGCAAAAUGCAGCUGCUUUCCAAGAAGUGCUGAGGGAGUAAAGAGAAUAACCCGUGGAAGUGUUCCCCCACUCCCUCUCCGCUCAUCACAAACGCUGGCGAUUGUGGAAACCUCAUUCUCAGGAACAGUAGUGCAGGAUUGUCCCUCUGGUUCCCGGCCCUCCUCGUUCCUUAAAAUGUCGUCUAGCCAAUCCUCCCUCAAGCACCAACCUCAUCACACUGGUUAACUCCAGGGGCAGGGCUGUUGCGGUAGGAGGUUGUGGGAAUUGCGAAAGAAAUCUCUGUGUUUGCUCUGUGUGGGAAUCAGACCUACGAAGGGGUUUGUCUUUGGGAAAUAGUUCCUUACAUGCUAAUCAUUAUUUAAGGGUUUAGUGAAUUGUCAGUGGUGAGCUGUACCACAUAUUCACAGCCGUUAGCAGCUGUGGAGUUGACUCCCUCCAGCGCAGUAGCGAGGGAGCACGGCCCUGUCAAUUGCUCUCUCAGGUGGAUGUAGAAGAUGCAACGAUAAAGAUGAGUUCACCCAGUGGCAUCACUGAACAAAUUAUCCCUGUGACUUGUUUCAUUUAUCUGAGUAGAUUUUGUCAUUCAGUAGUUUUUGAGCGCUUUGUUACAUCAAAUGGCGAUUCUGCCCGUUGUUUCAAAGUAUAUGGAAAACUCUUUAACGGAAGAGGAAUCUCUCUUGAUCAACCCUCCUCUGGACAAUAAGGCUCCAUAAGCAGCCUGGUUUUUGCCGAGUCCUCCCCACGGUCCAACACUUGGCCGGAUGGUCGUGCGGCAGACAUUAGGGAGGUGGUGUCAUUCACGAAUUUACACACGGAGGCCAGUUCAUCUGUGCCAAUGCAAGACACACCCCCACCCCACACACUAUACCAGUCAGGGCCCAGAGGAAAAGUGAGGCACCUCCCUCCGAGCCAAGCUCCUCCUCCACAACCAGGGCACCUCCACUUCCCUCACCCCACUCGCUCCGCUGUAUUGUGCUGACGUUGAAUGAAUAAAGUACCUUGUUUGCCACGCGUGACUCUCUGUUCCUCUGCUGCUCACUUGUGUUUGGCCCGGCCUCUUGGAUAGUAUCUGAAACGCCAGGGGCCCGGGGACGCGAUAGCCCCCCUCACUCAAAUAGAAGAGCAACUGGGGAUGACCUCCUCAAUGGCCUGCCACCCUCCGCCUCUGCAUUUAGAGGGGACAACCACAGUGGUGGUGCAGUGACGAGGCAUUCGGGCUGUGGGAGGGGUGUGUACCAGCCACACCUGUGGUCCCGAUCAGACCACCCAGUCCGCCGGGUCACAGAACCGGCGACUGCAGAUGCUGGAAUCUGAAGUUAAAAAAAUCUACUGAAAGAACUCAGAAUGUCAGGCAACAUCUGUGGGAAGGGGAAAGGAGUUGUUGAACCUUUUUUAAAACCCUGUAUUGGAGGAGAUGGUCAGAAUAAGAGGGUGUAUGGUGGAAUAGGGCUGAGAGGUAAGGGAAUGACAGGCAGAUUGAACCAGGUAGGGGAGAGAUGGAAAGCCUCUCCCACAUCCAGUUGUUUCCAUUUGCUCUUCACAUCUCCAACCUUCUCCCAUCUGCCUCAA